UGGGUGGUUGUAAAUGAUCAACCUUUUACCGUUGUAGAGGAUGAUCAUUUUAAAUUAAUGAUAAAAAGACUCAAUCGUGAAGCCACUAUUCCAUCCACUGUUACCAUAUGCAAAGAUAUUCACCAAGCAUUCAAUGAUAAGCAAACUUUUAUACUAGAGGAAUUGCAAAAUGUGCCUGGGCAAAUUUCAUUUACUCUUGACGCGUGGACGUCAAAAAAC